GAGACAAAGAAAAUUGUAUGUAAACAGAGCUGCUGCAAAAGUGUGUGUGUGUUUAUAACUGAUCGUGUUUGUAACUGCGUACGCAAUUUACUGGAUGGCACGAAGAGAGGAACUCUGAUGCUCCAUGGCUACAAUUUAUUUGGAUACAUACAUACAUAAUGUAUCAAAUUAUUCAAUAAUUUUCAAUUGAAGUAAAUCCUGGUCGGCAAUUGAACGCAAUGAACACUAAUCAGCCCAUGAUUGAUGCAAAUUUGGCUUUACCUGGACGUUAAAAGAAGACAAUUUGGAGUACAUAUAUUUUGCAGAAAUUCCAUAAAACACCAACACAAUCAUGAACAGUGCGGGUUCUUGGUUUGCUCGAAUCCGCGUGAGCCGGGCUAUAAUCGUCAUUCUGGCCAUUAUUGGUGCUUUGACUCUGGCAAUUUACUUCAAUCUUCCCAAAUUCGAAAGCAGCGGUAUACAUAGGUCAAGAAUAAAACUUGAGGUCUUGGAAGACCUGAACAGCUUGAAGGCUUCAGAUCUCAAGUUCAGGAUUGAGGAGUUACUUCAAAUCAAAGGUUCUGUGAGCCUAGAGCUGCGAGAGCUUGAAUCAAAACGCAAUUCUUUGCAAGUUGAUGUUGGACGUUACCAUCAAAAUAUUGAGGACUUAAAGCUUGAAUUGGCAAAACAACAAACAGAAUUAGAACGACUCAAAAUGUCAAUUGAACAAGCUCAAGUAGCUCAGCAAGAAGCAAUUGAGAGGAACAGCCCAGAAGUAGCAAUGCCCAAACGUCUCUUUCCUCCAGCGUCAGCCCUCAGGGAAAUUCUACCUGACCUUUCAAAACAGGAAUCGUCUGCCUGCCGGAUGAACCUAUGUUUCGACUACUCUCUUUGUGCGCUGACCUCGGGGUUCCCCAUUUACCUGUAUGAUCCUGAAAUUUUUGAGCAUUUCGAGACGGACUCGUUUCUUCGGACUCAUCUCGCACAAACUUUUGGCUACAACCCACACACCACUUCUGAUCCAACACGCGCCUGUUUGUUCAUUGUAUUAGUAGGAAACGUGUCCAAGGAGUACCUCGAGAGUAUGCUUCCUAAGCUCACGUAUUGGAAAGGUGACGGGCGAAACCAUCUGCUGUUGCAUGUCACCCGUGGUCCCUACGGAGGACCCCCACUGCCCCACGUGAAUGUUGGCAGGGCUAUGAUCGCUCAGAGCAGCGCAGUUGAUAAAGUCUUCAGGGCCCAUUUUGAUUUGAUCAUUCCUCCCGCUAUGGGACCCCCAGGAGGUGACAUUUGGCAAGAAUACUCUCAAAUGGUUCCUGCAAGACGACGUCUGCUGCUAUCUUUCCAAGGCCAGCUUUCAACCGGAGCUCCUCGAGAAGAACUUGACAAGUUUGUUGUCGCUCACCUCCGAACUCUACUGACCUCUAAAACCACUGACAAAUUUAUAUUGGACUUUACUUGUCCUGAGCAACUGCCUGCGUCGUUCACAGUUCAGCCUCUGGAAAGUGAAUGGUUGCCUUGUGGAACUGAAUCCAGCAGAGCAACAAUUUUGAAAUCGUCAACCUAUGCAUUGAUAUUGGCUCCGACUAAUGUUAGCAUUGCAUCAACUCCGUUAAUUUUGUCCCGCCUAGUGGAAAGCCUCAAAGCGGGAGCUGUACCCGUUUUGUUAGGAGAUUAUCUGCAGCUCCCGUUUGCUGAAACUCUUGUGUGGAGGAAAGCAGUUCUGCAUCUUCCAAAGGCUCGUGUCACUGAAUUACAUCUCAUUCUCCGUGCCAUACCUGAUAAUGAUCUGCUGACGAUGAGGCGUCAGGGUCGACUGUUGUGGGAGCGUUACAUGGGCUCUGUCCAAGCCCUCACAGACACAGUGGUAGCAGCCAUUCGUGAUAGACUUCUCAUUCCACCCUUACCUGCUGAACAGGAACUUUCUCCAUCCGUCUUCAACUCUACUUUUGUGCCGUUGAAAAUUGACAAUGUUGUCCCCGAGACUGAGGCUGAAGAAAGUCUUGGACCCAUUGAACCGCCAUACCCGUCUCCUCAGUACCGAAGAAACUACUCUUUGUUUUUGACGCAAGGUUUUGAAAUGUGGAACGACUGGGGAGACCCAUUCCACUUGUAUCCGCAGCUACCGUUUGAUCCACUGCUGCCAUCAGAGGCCAAAUUUUUGGGUUCUGGACUUGGAUUUCGGCCAAUUGGCCAUGGUGCUGGAGGCUCUGGUAGGGAAUUUUCAGAAGCGCUUGGAGGGAAUAUGGCAAGGGAGCAGUAUACUGUUGUGAUGCUGACUUAUGAAAGAGAACAAGUGCUCCUCGCCUCCAUUGCCAGACUUGUUGGUUUACCUUAUUUGAACAAAGUUGUCGUGCUAUGGAAUUCGCCAAAGCCACCAGCAGAAGACCUGAGAUGGCCAGAUAUUGGAGUGCCUGUUGAGAUAAUUAAAGCUGGAAGAAACAGUCUGAACAACAGGUUCCUGCCGUAUGACGCGAUAGAGACUGAAGCUAUUUUGUCAGUUGACGAUGAUGCACAUUUGCGUCCUGAUGAAAUUUUAUUUGGUUUUCGUGUUUGGAGGGAGCAACGCGAUCGAUUAGUAGGAUUUCCUGGCCGCUAUCACGCUUGGGAUUUGGAGCAUAACUCUUGGAAUUAUAAUUCCAAUUAUUCCUGUGAACUGUCAAUGGUUCUUACAGGCGCUGCAUUUUUCCACAAGUAUUAUGCAUAUCUAUAUAGCUACUGGAUGCCUCAAGCUAUUCGAGAAAAAGUGGACGAAUACAUGAAUUGCGAAGAUAUAGCUAUGAACUUUUUGGUAUCGCACAUAACAAGGAAACCUCCUGUGAAGGUCACCUCUCGGUGGACUUUCAGGUGCCCUGGCUGUCCUGUGUCUUUAUCAGAGGACAACACGCAUUUCUUAGAACGCCACAAAUGCAUCAACUUUUUCAGUGAGGUUUAUGGAUAUAUGCCACUACUCAACACUCAAUACCGAGCGGAUUCAAUUCUGUUCAAGACAAGAAUUCCUCACGACAAGCAAAAGUGCUUUAAGUUCAUUUAGUACACUACUUGCGGACACCUAAUUUGUGCCAAACUGCAGCACUUUUCUCAGUGCUGAUAUGAAUACUUGAUACCAGGUGAUCUCAGCGGUAGGUGUUGAUUAACUAAUACAAUUAAAUAUAGUUUACUUAGUGCAAUUUACGUGCAGGCCACCAUGUGAUUUAACGCAGUAGUAGUUUAUUGUUACCGAUUUUGAAUAUAUUUUUUCACCAAAAGCUAAUUUAUGGCAUCAUGAUCACAUUUUUAUGCGGAACUUAAGUUCAGAAUAACGGUUGACU